GCUGUCCUGGCUCCUCCUGUUUCCGUAUAUUCGACCAUGAUAGCUGCCAGCGAUCCGCGUUUGAAAGGCUAUCCGUUCGUAGGACAAGCAUGGUUUCCGAUUAUAGUUUGCGGCGCUUACCUCUGGUUUGUGUACGUUGCUGGGCCGAAGCUGAUGGCUAAUCGGAAAGCGUUCGAGCUUCGAAUACCCAUCAUGAUCCACAACGCAUUCAUGGUCGUGACGAACAUGUUCUUCUUCUACAAGUUCCUGAAAAACUCGUACUUCGCCAAUUAUUCGCUGUUCUGCCAAGGGAUGACUUACGCCACAGAUGAGAACUCCAUGGAAAUCGUCCAUUGGGGCUAUUGGUAUUUAUUGCUUCGGAUCCUGGAUUUCUUCGACACAGUGUUCUUCGUACUGCGCAAGAAAACGGAUCACGUGACUUUCCAACAUGUGUCUCAUCAUUUCUGCUGCGUUUUCUCCGGACAUCUGUGGGUUACCCUAGGAAUGGACGGCCAGACUCUGGCGGGUUUGUGCAUCAACUCCUUCGUGCAUAUCUGCAUGUACACCUACUACUUCUUAGCGGCGUGUGGGCCGCAAUUCAAGAAGUAUCUGUGGUGGAAGAAGUAUCUGACGAAGAUGCAGAUCUAUCAGCAUAUAUUCCUGGUGUUCCACGGUGUCGUUCCGAUUUUCUACGACUGUGGAUACCCGAAAUUUUUCAUCUACCUUGGUGUGCCGCAAGGUCUGCUCGGUCUCGGGCUGUUCCUGAACUUCUACGUGCUCGCCUAUUCAAAGAAAAGGUCCGCCAUUGAAGACAACGUGAAGUCGUGUGCUAGCGCCCUGAAAGAUGAGAUCUUGGAGCAGAAAGUCGCAUUGAAAGCUGAGCAGCUCAAAAAGCAUGAGUAG